AUGUGGAGCGGAAAAGACAAUGGAGACCAGGACGGCCUGAGGGCGGAAGAACCACACCCAAUUCCCAACGACGAUGGAGCGUCGAGGUCGUCCAGGAGAAGCCAUCAACCGUCGAGAAGAAGCGAAGAGCCGACUGAGAGGACCCGGCUUCUCGACCGUCCCAGGCCACCACCCACCUCCGAUGGCUACCUUGACCCAGAUGAUCCAGCUGUGUCUCCAUACAACCUCUGGACCGUUCGCGCUAUGCGCUACCUGACCAUACUCUUCCUCGUAAUCACCUUCUUGUGGUGGGUACUUUUGUUAGUGUCCAUCUUCGUCUCCCCUCCUGGCUUACACACCCGUGGAUCGGGCUUCUUCGACUUCGCCUACACAUGUCUCACCCUCGGCAAUCUCCUCGUCGCAACCAUCUUCUUCGUUACUCCUGCCAGAGGUCUCCGUAUCACCACAGCAAUCAUCGCCGGACUCCUGGCUAUUGACAUGAUCCUUAUCUUGGCAGUACCUCGCAUCAGGCUUGAGGAAGGCUGGGUCGGUAUCGCAAGUGUUGUCUGGGCUUUCGUCAUGGCUGUGUGGUGCAUCCUGACCGAUCGUGUCGUCGCAUACGGCAAACACGAAGAAGAGGAACGUCUUACUGGCCGAGCCGAGACACGCCGCACACUGAAGGAAUGGCUUGCUGUUACAGUCGCUACGAUUCUCACAGUCAUCUUCAUCGUUAUUGUCAUCUUGAUGACUGGAACUCUCGGCAUGCGUGCCCGCGAUGCCACACUCAAAAUGUAUGGUGACCGUAUCCUCGUAGAUGGCGACAAGUACGCCGUGCAUCUUGCCUGUGUCGGAAACGCCUCCGAAACCAGCGGUUCCAAGGACCCUACCAUCCUCCUCGAGGCCGGCGAAUCGCCACUGGAGUAUGACUUUGAGCACUGGGCUUACGCAGCCUACAAGAACGGUACUAUCUCCCGCUACUGUUACUGGGAUCGCCCUGGUUAUGCCUUCUCCGACAACGCACCCUCCCCACACUCGGCCGGCAUGUCUGCGGACGUUUUCUCAGAAGCUCUCGCCAAGUCUGGAGAGGAAGGACCUUGGAUUCUCGUAUCCGCUGGUACUGGCAGCAUCGUCUCUCGAAUCUUCAGCUCGCGUCAUAUGAAGCAGGUCGUUGGUCUCAUGAUGAUCGAUCCCCUCCACGAGGACCUUCUUCACCGUUACGGCGGCGCAGGACGUGGUUUCAUCCUCUGGGCGUGGGGCAUCAUCUCACCUCUCGGUACCGUCCGUCUUGCAGGCGCACUCUUCAAGGGCCGCACCCGUGAAGACCGUGUCUACGGUCGCAAUGCAUACCAAUCGGGCAAAUAUAUCAAGGCGCAACUUCAAGAGAACCUCGUUGCUGACAGCCUCACCAAGAACGAGGUUUCGUCUGCUAGGAACAUUCAGUCCGCCAACACCCCGCUUGUCGUCGUUUCCAGUGGCAUCGAAGUCAGGAGGGACAGCGAGUGGGAGCGAAAGCAGAAGGAUCUGACUACUCUUACGGACAACCUCGUCAGCUGGGAUGUCGUCAACAAGGCGCCUCAUCAGGUAUGGGACACGCUCGAGGGACGUACCGUCAUGGAGAAGCGUCUCAAGCAGCUUGUCAAGGCUGCGGCCAAGGUUAAGAGCGAGACGGAUGAUGAGCAGUAG